AAUAUUAAGUUUUCUUGUAUAUGUAAAAGAAGAAAAUAUUCAUAUGCAAUAUGCAAUAAGAUAUAACGUCACAUGUAGUAUCGUAGGACAAUGAUAGUUACAAGGAAGAAAAAUAAAAAAUAUCUCAUAAAGUAAAUAAACGCUAAAAUAAAUUGUCAUCAUCAUCCAGCACCUUAUGACAAAAGUAGCGAUAUAAUAGUAGUACUUUAGAAUUACUGAAUGUAAUUUUUAUUGGUCUAUCAGUAGUUUUAAUGCAAGUUUCAAAAACACAAAGGAAGCUUAUACGAGAUUCGAGAUUUCUCAAUCAAUUAUUUCGUCAUUUUUCUUUCGCUAUUUAUUUAUUUUCGAUAAGGUGCCAUUACAUGGGAGCGUCAAAGCGUCAAAAGCGCUACAUGCGCAUAUGUAGCGAGUAAAACUUUGACGCUAAACUUCAUUCAAUUAACAAAGGUCAUUACAAAGCAUAUUGCAAAAUGUCAAUUAUAAAAUUAUCGGUACCAUCAGUGGUUAUUAUUAGAAUGAGUUAUCACCAUCCCCAAAGAAUUUCAAAAACAAAAAAGAGCUAAGUUAAGAGCAAGUAUCGCAAUAAUUGCAAAUAUAAUGAAAUUAAUAGAAGAAAAAAAAUAAGAAAUUUUGGGUGUUUAAAAUGUUAAAACAAAGAUAUAGAUUUUAUCACGCAAUGCUUCCUACUGUCCGCUUGCAGACGACGCUCGAUGUUUUAUAAUGUAAUGGCACCUUUAUAAGCAAAAAUAAAAGGGAAUUUAGAUUUAGAUAAUUUUGUAUUAAAUUUUUUAUUUAUCAAUUUAUAUAUUAUAGACAAGUAAUUUUUACUUGAUGUGUCUCAACGAUCUUUACUAAUUGAAUAAUGUUUAUCAGAGCAUACAAAUAUCACCAAUCAAGAGACACAAGAAAUAUAAACAUGAAAAGCACAAGAAAACACUUAUGCACAAUGAUACUUUUGUCAAUAUCUGGACUGACACUGAUGACAGGAAAAGCUUUAGGAUAAAAAUAAAAAAGGAAGCUGAAAGAAUGUUACAUGUAUUCUUCUUUUUUUAUUAUUUUCUAUCAUACACAUCGCAAAAUGUAUCCGUAUGCUUUAAUAUUGCUUUCUGAAAUUUGUCAUCUAAAUAGAUGGUCCCAAGUUUCUUAGGAUUUCUUUUUUAUUUGUUUAUACAAUAAUAUAAUAUUUUAUGGCUCGAUGAAAAGCAGUACUUACAUAGUAUACAUGUAUACAUAGGAAAAAUGAAUAAUUCAUUUACUUAGUUUGAACAAUCGCGAAAAGAUAUUAAAAACGUGUAGUUUGAAUACAGCUGAUACAAUGAGUCACAUCUUUUCCAAAAGCAACCACGAAGAAGAAAAUCGUAAAAAGCAACAGAGGUAAAAAUAAUAGAAGAACCAGUAGUAAAGAAGAUUAUUGAGUCUGGAAGAGAUAUAAUAUGUACACAAUAACAAACGUUGAAAAAUUAAAAUGAAUAAUAUAUGUUGAAGCAAAAGUAUGGUAAUAAAUAUGUUUUGCAUUUUAUCUCAGGUUAACGAAAAAAAUUAAGCCAAAGAAUUCUAAACUAAUAAAUUAGCUCGACAAAGACUUUGAAAUGUUUGACAGAAAAUUUGGGUAUCAAUUAGCAACUGAUGUCAUUACUCACUGAUUACAUGGAACAAGUUAUGACUGCGGAAGCUAUAUAAAAAAACCACUUUAAAACGAGAUCUUUGAAACGAAAACAACUUGCUGAUGAGAGCAGAGAAAAGGAUAAACUUAACGUAUAAUAAAAUUUAAACCAACAAAAGAGAGGGAGAAAUAUGGUGUAUUUUAUAACUAAUAAAAUUAUACAUUCUUGGCAUACUAUAAACAGUUUUUCUUCUGGUACCCGGAACUAGCAUUUUCAGUGACCGGAACUUUGAGCUAAUUCCAUCUGAGAGGUGAUAAUGGACAAAUGGCUAGCCUAGAUCUUCAGAGUACAAGAAAUACCACAUAAUAAAAAAGAGAAAACAUAUCGAUUUAACAGUCGUAUGAAGUAUAUAAUAUCUAUUCCGAAAGAUAAAGCUUAGUUUUUUAUAUUGUGGAUAAGGCGACAUAAAUAACAAAAAUAAGCAUAAUAAAAAUAAAAUUAUUCAGUAGUCAAAUAGUUCCUAUUCAUUUUUCUAUUCAUCCAUUCUUUGCAUCGUAAAACAAAAUGAAAAAUGUUUAAAUGUUUCUAAUUGUUAUUAAUGCGUUUCUUAUAUAAUAAUUAUAGAAAUAUAAUUAUAAUAAAAAUGAAGAUAUUUAACAACAGCGUCAGCAUUUAUUUUUACUAUAGUUUACUAUAGAGUAGUUUGGGCGAUACACAAUAGAAGUUUUAGUUUACAACAAAUUAGGAAGUGGAAAGUUAACUUUCCAUUACCAUGAAAUCUGGCAAAAGAUUUUAAUCACAUGAAUGACUCUAUGCUUAUGAUAACAGUGUUCUAUUGGGAUUAAAAGUCCGUACGCUUUUCUUUUAGCAAAACUCAAACACGAAACUUUGUAAUAAGAAUUAUUAGUUUUAUUAUUAAUUCAUAAUUUAUUAUUAACUUCCAGUAAACCCAAUAUUUUAUCCUUUAGUGGCUUUCGUCACAAGAUACAUACUGAUAGCGCAAGGACGUAUUUUUAUCAUUCAGAUAUUUUCGCAAUACUCUUUCUUAUUUACCUCUCUCAAUUUAAUUAUAUUCUUUAAAAACUGUGUACUCUUGUAUAAUGUAUAACAUAUAAAUACCAUGGAAUCCAUAUCAUAGAAUACAAAUCAGGCAUCUUUCAUAGAUUCUGUUUGCUAUUUACCAGUUUAUCAGUGGUACUGCUUACUCUUUUAAACACCAACAGAGUUAUGACUAUUGAAAAAGAUGUAAGUUAAACAAAAGAAAAGAGAAAAAGGAAAAAAGAAGUUUUUGAUAAUAAUAUGUUGCUUAUAAUAAAUAAGUAAUAAUAAAAUGGUUGCUGUAAUAAAAUGAUUAUUUGAGUUUUGUGCAAUAAGAUUUGGUACAAACUGACUUAUGAUGAAAUUACAGGUCUCUUACCCCAAAUUAUCAUAUCUUACGUUGUUUCUUUUCCUGCUAUUCUUAGUAUGGUGAAAUAUCAGAUAUUUUUAAUACGCAACAACAAAGUAUAACAAGAGUUCAAACGCACACACGCGCGCGCGGUACGUGUGAAAAUGAUAACAUAAACACAUUGGGGCAACUAGAGCGUCUUAAAUCUCCGAAUACUUCUUUUUCACUCCGACUGAUAUGUUGAGUAAUGUUUGUUGCUAUGCGAUUGACGUCGUUCGUAAUCUUUUUCGCUGUAUGAACUGUACGGAAGCUGUUUUUUCUUGAUAGAUCGUACAGUACAUUCUACACGGACAUUCUACACAUUCAGUCCGUCUUAUCGCCGGCAGAAAGCGAAGCGUUCGAGAAAUGCGGCGAUACAUUGGGAAAUUUCUUGAUAAUGUGCACACUACAAACAGCGUAAUGGUGUAAAGAUGAAAUACAAUUGGUAGCAAAGAGCAACGCGAUAGUGCAUAUGACCAGUGCAUCACGCGACUGCAACUCAAUCUGUGCUUAAUACCACAGUCGUACGCAAGCUGAUUUUACGCAGCACGCAGCAAAAUGCUUCGUGUAGUGACAAACAAGGUAUGAAUAUUCAACCGAUUCUGCUAAAUUUGAUAGUGAGAAGAAGAAACUAUAUAUUAAUAUCCUAUUCUUUUCAGUUACCUCAACGGAGCUUCAGAAAUAUUCGAACACUCGGUACGGGGACGUUCAAUGGAGACGGAAAGAAGAACAUUGAUAUACCUAGCAGUGCAGACGUUGUGAUAAUAGGUGGUGGCAGUGCUGGCUGCAACGCGCUCUAUCAGUUAGGAAAACGUGGUGUCAACACGGUGCUGCUGGACAAAUCCAAGCUUAUAUCCGGCACAACGUGGCAUACAGCAGGCCUCGUGUGGUGUUUACGUAAUGUAUGUGACAUAGAGAUGGAACUGCUGAAAGCCUCAAGACUGAUCUAUGCAUCUCUGCAAGAAGAAACGAAUAUUAAUCCAGGAUGGAUAAACAAUGGUGGACUCCUCAUCGCUCGGUCUUCCGAACGAGUGGUCGAAUACGAAAGAUUAAUGACCGCCUGCAAAAACUUCGGUAUUGACGCACGCAUAAUUACUCCAAGCGAGACGAAAGAGAAGUUUCCCUUGAUAAACGACGGCACAUUCCUGGCUGCGAUACACUCCCCAGCGGACGGGACGAUAGACCCCGCUAUGAUGGUAAACGCGUUGACGAAAUCAGCAGAAAAGAAAGGUUGCAAGAUCAUCGAGGACUGCCCGGUGACCAAACUUCUCGUGGAGGACAUCGACGGUCAGAAAAUCGUUCAUGGAGUGGAAACACCUCACGGUAUUAUAAAGACCAAUGUAGUAUUAAACGCCGCGGGAGCGUGGUCCAAGACGAUAGCGCAAAUGGCAGGAUUGGACAUCCCGUUGAUACCGAUGAAGCACGCGUACGUCGUCACCGAGCCGAUGGACGUGCGAGGAUUGCCAAACAUCCGAGAUCCUGAUCUCAAUCUCUACUUUCGAGUGCAAGGCGGAACCCUGAGCAUUGGGGGAUACGAGCCGAAUCCUAUUAUCCUCAAGUUUGCGCCGGAAGACUUCUCCUUCAGUUUAUACGAGUUGGAUUGGGAUGUGUUCAAUACACACGUAGAGGCGAUGAACCAAUUGAUACCAACGUUAGCAACCACGGGAAUAAGGACGACGGUGUGCGGCCCGGAAAGUUUCACUCCCGAUCAUAGACCUCUCAUGGGUGAAGACCCGCGGUGCACAGGCUUUUACUACUCCUGCGGAUACAACAGCGCCGGCAUGAUGUUUGGAGGUGGUUGCGGCGAACAAAUAGCAUCGUGGAUAGUUAACGGCCGACCGGAGAAACACAUGUUCAAUUAUGACAUCAGACGAUAUAUACCAGAACAAAGAAAAAAUUUGGUUUGGUCGAACGAGCGAAGCCAUGAAGCUUAUGCCAGAAAUUACGAGAUUCGUUUUCCACAUGACGAGCACUUAAGCGGCAGGAACUUGAAGAUUGAUCCUUUUCACGACUUACUCAUGAAAGAGGGUGCCGUCAUGGAAGAACGACAAGGAUGGGAACGUCCGGGAUGGUUCCUGCCAGAUAACAAGACAACUCGAAUUUUACCCUACGAUUAUGGUGGCUAUUACGAUACACCAAAAAAUAUGAAUGACGCAUAUGCCGAUAUCCUAAAAGCAGAACGUACAUUUAAUUUUUCACCGUACGACGAUAUCAUACGAGAAGAAGCGCUUUCCUGUAGAAACAACGUUGGCUUAUUCGACAUGUCGUACUUUGGAAAGUAUUAUAUUUGCGGUCCGGACGCGAGUACAGCGGUGGAUUAUAUAUUUACAGCCCAAGUAAAUAAUCGAGAAAUCAACAGAACCGUCUACACGUGUAUGUUGAAUAAGAACGGAGGCGUAGAGGGAGACUGCACGGUAACUGGUCUAGAAUCUGGCUCGGGUGGCGUGGUCGAUCCCAUAUUCAAGGGAAAAGCAUUUUACAUCGUAAGCGGUGGCAUGUCCUCGUAUCACACUUGGGCACACGUUACCAAAGUGAUCAGAGAAAAGGAUUUGCACGCAUCGGUGCACAAUGUUACGGAGCAGAUUGGAAUUUUAUCGAUUCAGGGCCCGAACAGCCGUGAAGUUCUUCGGAUGCUAGUCGAGGAUGAUCUCUCAAAUAACUCGCUUCCCUUCUCAACUUCAAAACUGGUGAAGAUAGAUAACGAAUUGGUGCACAUGUUCCGACUCAGUUUCGUGGGUGAACUCGGCUACGAGCUGCACAUCCCGAGGAGCUCGUGCGAGAAGGUUUACAAAGCCGUAAUGGAGUGCGGCAGGAAGUACGAUAUAAAACUAGCCGGCUACAGGGCACUUUACAGUUUGAGCUGCGAGAAAGGAUAUCAUCUCUGGGGCACGGAUUUAAGGUCGGAUGACAAUCCGAUAGAAGCGGGCUUAGGAUUCGUCUGCCGAACCAGCGGCCAGUAUCAAGGAAGAGAAUUUGUUGAGGAGAGUCGUAAAAACGGAAUAAAAAAAAGACUGGUACACUUACACACGCCUGACGAUAUACCGCUAUGGGGUAUGGAGAGUGUUUACAGAAACGGUCAAUUAGUUGGCUAUCUCAGGAGGGCCGAACAUGGCUACACUUUCAAGAGUAGUAUUGGACAGGCAUACAUCACAGCGCCGAAUGGGCAGAACAUUACGAGGGAAUUCUUAGAGACGGGUACUUACCAGAUUGAAGUGAUGGGGAAGCGAUAUCCUGCGAAGAUGUACCUUCAGAGUCCGUUUGACCCGCACAAUAAGCGAUUAUCGGGCGUGUAUACAAUUUAAAAGUGUGUAUCAACGACGUUACUUCCAACUGAAAGCUCAAAACUCUGUAAAAAGUGUACGCGUAUUUUUUUACAUACGUUUUAAUCGUUAAGCAUUUCGUAAAUGUUUUGUACAAAUAAAAAGACUAGCA